UAACCCAAUUGAAACCUUUGACUCCGAUUUGUUUCCAUUAUGGACAUAAGUACACCCUCAAUGGAUCGCCUGUGAGCAGCCUCAGCAGUCGUUAAAUUUCACAUUCCGCUUUCAGUUUACCUAAGCUAGUGCAACUCCUCCUGAAGCUGUUUCUCUUAGGCCUACUUUCUGGCCCGAAGAAGAGCGUUGGCAGCUGCAGCAGAUUUUGACGCUGUGUGAAUGUCCAGCACAGACAAACUGACAGCCACCAUGUCGGGUUUAACACUACAGCAAGGUCUGGAAGAGGGGGAUAUUCUCGACCCAGAGUUUCAGCAGCGUUUGGAAGAUGCUCGUACUCUGCUUAGGCAGAAGAUCCAGCGGGAGUUGAAGAUCAAGGAGGCCGCUGAGAGACUACGGCGGGCCGUCACUAAUCGCAAGAAUGCAGCCGACGUGGAGGGCCAACUCAAAGCCUCGAGACGCAAGCUGGAUAAGUUGCACUGGGAACUGCAGGAGCUCAAUGCCAGGUCUAUGGCCACAGAGAAAGACAGCACCACAGGUUGCUUGGAGGAGGAAUACAACCUAUCAGCCGAGUCAUGUCAAUGGGAAGAGGUUACAUCACCAGUGGCUAGUCGAGUCAGAACCCUGAAGAAACAGCUUACCAUGGAGACCAAAGUUAAACAGGGUGCUGAGAACAUGAUCCAGACUUACACCAACAGCUCAGUCAAGGACAGGAAGAUGGUGACUACAGCCCAGCAGAUGUUACAGGACAGUCGCACUAAGAUUGAGCUCCUGCGCAUGCAGAUUAUCAAAGUCAGUCAAGCCAGAGACGAGCGAGAUGGCUUGCAAGGUCACCCUGUGGAGAUGAUCUGUCCACUGGAGCUGCGGAUAGCUGACCUCAUGCACCACAUGAAGAUUGAAUCAGCUGUAGCAGAAGGUGCCAAAAAUGUGGUGAAGCAGCUGAGUGGGCGUAAGGUUCAGGACCGCCGCAUACUUGCCGAGGCCCAGACCCGAAUGCAAGAGUCCUCUCAGAAGGUGGAUUUGUUACGCCUCUCCCUGGAGAGACGUUUAAGUGAGCUGCCUCAGGACCAUCCCAAGCAUGGUGCCAUUAAGGAGGAACUAAUGUUGGGAACCUCGCCUUCCUAUGGGCUACCGAAGAAGCAAUCCAACGAUCCGUCCUCUUCUUCCUUCUUGUUCAAACCUGCCAGUCUAACAGGUCGGUUGGAGGUAUGUUUAAUGGGCUGCCAAGACCUGAUGGAAUCCGUUCCAGGCCGUGGUCAUGUGACCAGUGUCUCAGCCAGCCCUGUAAGCAUCUCAGAUGGAAAGUCUGUGAAGGUGAGAACCGGCCUAUCAGGACGCAGUGCUAAUGGCAAGGCGACCAAGGCUGAGGACCUCUCAUCGGAGAUAAGUGCUGUGCUGAAGGUGGACAACAGGAUAGUGGGGCGCACACACUGGAGACAGCUGGGCAAAGAGGCCUGGGGCCAGAGCUUCAGCAUUGAACUGGAACGGUCCAGGGAGCUGGAAAUUGCUGUGUAUUGGAGAGACUGGCGAGCCUUAAGUGGGGUGAAGUUCCUGCGGCUGGAGGAUUUCUUAGAUAACCACCGACAUGGCAUGUGUCUCCAGCUGGAACCUCAGGGCAUCCUCUUCAUUGAGGUUAAAUUUAUCAAUCCUGUCAUUGAGCGGCGUUCCAAACUCCAGAGGCAGAGGAGAAUUUUCCCUAAAGAAAAAGGGAAGGACUUCCUGCGUGCUGCCCAGAUGAACAUGAACUUUGCCACUUGGGGCCGUUUGAUGAUGAGCAUCCUGCCUCCCUGCAGCUCCAUGGAGCCCAUGAGCCCUCCAUUAGCAGUCCAUAACACUGGCUCCCCAUCAUCCAUCACUUCUCCUGCACGAGAUCCUGCUGUGGUUGGUCUAAAUUUUAAUGAAGAACAACCUGGCAGAUCUCCACAUUGCACAAGAAAGAACACUGAAGACUCUCCACUACUGUGUCCUGGUGAGAACAAAAGCCCAAAUCCCAAGCGACAUCCCUCGAUUUAUCCACCCCCACACAGGGACGCAGGACUUCAGAUGGAAGACUUCAACUGCAUUUCAGUUCUGGGAAGAGGUCACUUUGGUAAGGUGCUGCUAGCAGAGUAUAAGAAGUCAGGCAAACUGUAUGCCAUCAAAGCCCUGAAGAAAGGAGACAUUGUGACACGCGACGAAGUCGACAGCCUCAUGUGUGAGAAGCGGAUCUUUGAAGUGAUCAACACAUCACAACAUCCUUUCUUGGUGAACUUGUACGGCUGCUUCCAGACUGCAGACCACGUGUGCUUUGUGAUGGCCUACUCCCCCGGAGGAGACCUCAUGACACACAUUCAUACCAGCAUCUUCACUGAGAAACAGGCCUGGUUUUAUUCUUCAUGUGUGCUGCUCGGCCUGGAGUUCCUACACCAAAACAAAAUAGUUUACAGGGAUCUGAAGCUGGAUAAUCUGCUAAUGGAUGCAGAUGGUUUUGUCAGAAUAGCAGACUUUGGCUUGUGCAAAGAAGGCAUGGGCCAUGGGGAUCGCACCUCAACAUUCUGCGGCACACCAGAAUUUCUGGCCCCAGAAGUGCUGACAGACAACAACUACACCCGCAGUGUGGACUGGUGGGGGCUGGGGGUGCUCAUCUAUGAGAUGCUGGUGGGGGAGUCUCCUUUCCCAGGUGAUGAUGAAGAAGAGGUGUUUGACAGCAUCGUCAACGAUGAUGUGCGCUACCCUCGCUUUCUUUCUCCUGAGUCUGUGUCCCUCAUUCAAAAGCUGCUGCAGAAAACCCCUGAGAUGAGACUCGGAGCAGGAGAGGAAGACGCCUCGGAGAUCAAAAGACACAAAUUCUUUCAGGUCAUUAUCCAGCCAGGCGCUGCUAAUCAUCUUGCUCUUCACUUCUUCAUUACAAAACAAGUAUCUGACUGACUGUUCUUUAGAGCU